AUGGACGCGACCCGCCCAAUUGACCGAUGCGCCACUGCGGGGUGCGGUUCUACUGUGUUGACCAACGGUAGCAAGCACUGCUUAAAGCACAACACUCUUAUCACACGCAAUGUGCUCGGCCCCGGAAACUCCAGCUCAUCAUUCAACUCGAACCAGACGCCUUACCUGGUUAACGAGACCCAGGGGAUCUCUAGGAAUCCACGCGUGACGGAACAUCUCAACGGCGGACAGUCUCGCAACGGGCUUUCUGGCUCCCAUGGUGGGACUAGCAGUGUCUUGGACCCCAAGCAAACAGUCAGGAAUACUAACUUCCCUCCUGAUCUUCUCCACAAGCACGCCAUUACAGCUAAGAAGUCAAUUUCUAGGGCUUCUGUGCAGAGAAGCCACCCAUCAUCCGUGUCACCCACUGUAGGGUCUGCGGCUCGCUUUCAAGAACAUACCAGGUCUAGAUUUAUGCCACCAACCUCGAGGAGCCCCGACAAAUUCCCGCCGGGCAAGGUAGUACAGAACGGAGGGCAGUCUGCCAAGUCAACUACGGCAAAUGGUCAGGAUCAACGCAAAGCUCCGAAAACUAGCUCCGCGGCUGAUAAGGUUGUCCCGCCCGCUCGUGCAGCCUCACAAAACUUACGUCAAACAUCACAAACCUCUCCGCAAUCAACGACCAACCAUGGCGUCAACAAGCCCCGCCCAGAAGCCAGCCGUCAAAGAAGCAGGUCUAAAGAGUUGACAAAGUCUCUCACGCCAUCUACUGCAUCCCCGGGCAGAAUAGACUACCGCUCCCUGCCAAUCGUGAGAUCAGGGCUGCAGCCUCCUCCGACGAGUAUCAAAACCGCGCCCCCAUUCCUGCAACCUACAACCUCAGCAGCUAAGCGCAAGAGAUCAAGCAUCUCGGAUACGGCUUCAACUUCGACAUCAGACUCGGACUCAGAAGACAUCGACGAAGAUACGACCGCUGCUCUUGCCACUAAGAGAGAGACAGGCCCUUCGCCGCGGUCUCGAGAUGGAACGAGGCGUUCGACGGGCGCAGCUGCGCAUGGUGUUGUUCCGAAUGUUCACAACUUCGUCCCAGACCCCAGUGGGCCUUCUACGUUUGCUUCCGAUAACCCUUUCGUCAUUAACAGACGUGGGGAGACAAUCCGAGAACCAAGUGAGGAGAGCGAAGAUGCCGGAAUCAACGGUCUGCCAACCAAUGCCAGGCAGAAUCACAGCACAGGGCUCAUGGCGCGACGCCCCAAUCUUGCCAUCCAGAAUCAACAAGCCUUCUCAGUUUCCACUGAGCGAUGGCGCACAAGACCUCCAAACUCCAGGAAGUUGACCUGCGAGCAGCGGCGGGUUGAGCUUUGCCGUACCGUUGACCAACACAAAUUCGACACCUGGAUCUAUACACAGCCUGAGGCGGGUACGCCUCCCCCGGAAGUCUUCAUAACACCCGCUCCCACCCGCCCCAAUUCCGCUUCAGCCGGAGAGGAAGCACAUAGACCGUUCUAUAUGAGAUUCGAUCCACGUAUCCAUUGGUCUCAUGACCGCUCUGACGAGUGGUUUGAACAGAAGAUGGAAGAGAUCAAAGCUCGCGGCGGACGCAAAGCCAACUUUGGCAAGGCAGCCUACCGAAUGAAACAGCAGAGGCUUGCGGAGGAGCGGUCUGAAGCUGGGCAGGCAAUCGCGAGGGCGCUGGCAGCGCGACGGGGUAAGGACCCGCCGAAGCCACCCCCCAACCCGCCGCAGCCAUGGUCACACCGAAGACCUAUGGAUUUCGGCGACGUACCGGUAGAGGAGCUUCCCAGCUACGUGCGGAGGAAUGAAGACUGGCUGAGGGCCACGGAGUGGAUGCGGAAAUCGCGCGAUCUUUCUUUGAAAGCCGCAGCGCUUGAGGCUGCCGGCGAGCCUUACGAGCAUUUGUUCAAGAGGAACAGAAAUGGCCAGUGA